AGCCGUGCAGUGCCCUUCGGCCAGAUACGGAAAAUGGCGAUUCGCGAGGUUGUUUGAAGCCAAUUUGAGUAAACACACUACUCUCGCGCGCGCACUCACGUAACGUUGAUUAAAUGUGCCGUGAAAGUAAUGUGAUGUCGACUGUGCGCGAUGGCAAGCAAAGAAAUGACCAGCCAUCAGCAGCAGUUCGUUGAGGAAAUCGAUUACAAUGAAAUCGAAACGGAGCAGGUAGUUGGCAAGGGUUCCUUCGGAGUUGUGUGGAAAGGAAAAUGGAGAGGGCAGGACGUUGCAGUAAAACACAUAAAUUCAGAAGGAGAGAGAAAGGCCUUCACUGUGGAAGUUCGACAGCUAUCCCGAGUUGCCCAUCCUAAUAUUGUUAAAUUGUAUGGAGCAUGUACCAAAAAUCCAGUAUGCCUGGUAAUGGAAUAUGCAGAGGGUGGAUCUUUAUAUAAUGUGCUACAUUGCAAUCCUCAACCACGUUACACCACCAGUCACGCUAUGAGUUGGACUCUACAGUGUGCACGUGGUGUCGCGUAUCUUCACAAUAUGAAACCAAAACCACUAAUACACAGAGACUUAAAGCCACCCAAUUUGUUGUUAGUUAUGGGUGGACAGAUGCUUAAAAUCUGUGACUUUGGCACAGCCUGUGAUUUAAAUACGUAUAUGACUAAUAAUAAAGGCUCGGCCGCGUGGAUGGCACCAGAAGUGUUUGAAGGAUCUAGGUAUACAGAGAAGUGCGAUGUAUUUAGUUGGGGUAUCAUUUUGUGGGAAGUUUUAACACGCAAAAAACCCUUUGAUGAUAUUGGUGCUUCAGCCUAUAGGAUAAUGUGGGCUGUUCACGUAGGACAGAGACCUCCUUUAAUAGAAGGAUGCCCGAAACCAAUUGAAGAUCUUAUGACUAGAUGUUGGCAGAAAGCACCUGAAGAAAGACCUUCUAUGGACGAAGUAGUAAGGAUAAUGACUGAACUAUCAGAAUUUUUCAGUCGCCAUUUAGAACCCGUUGAAUAUUCUUUAAGUAGUGAAGAUGAUGUAGAUGAAACAUCGAGGGAGGAUACGUUAGAUAUAGUCAGUACGUUAGAUUUUCGUAUGAAUGGUUCCGUUGCAAACGGGACUAUUCGUACAAUUCCAAAGGCUGUAGAAAAAACCAACGAAUGCCUCAACGAAGAAAAUUCAUCGCCCUUCGCAUUAUCUCGUACCACACCAGUCGGCAACGGAUCGACAAAAUUCUCGCUGCGGCAAAAUAAUUUAGGAUUUCAACAAAUACCUGACGAGGUUCCGGUUUUAUUAAAUAACCUUCAUGGGAAUGUGGACAAUAAUUUAGAACAUUCUAAAUCGUCGAUUUCACAAAAUGUGACAGCGCCGACGGCGUAUGACAACAAGCUUGCCGCGUUACAAAACAAAAACUGCACUUUCGCUCCGUUGCACGUGGAAUGUGACCCGAACGCUUGGGAUUUGCCGAGCUCCUCUGACACUUCUUGGGAAAUUCCAAAUAACAUGGCUGGAUUAGACAAAGUGGUUCAAAAAACGAAAAAAAAUAACCAGAGUAGCAGCACUACGAGCGAAGACUUGGGCAAUGUUUGUCGCCUACUGGAUGCCGACCUGAGGCCUCUUACACCCGACGACACGUGCAAGCUCUCGCGAGAAAUCUUCGAGGAGCACAAGCAAAUAGCCGAGGAGUACCUCAAGGUCCAAACGGAGAUAGCGUUGUUAAGUCAGCACAAAAACGAGAUGUUAAAAAAUCUGAGCCUCGACAGCCUCCAGCAACAGCAGGAGUUACGGAAACUGGAAGACGAAAAGGAAUCCUUGGUGAAACUGUGCCGCAACCUGACGCGACAAUUGCAGAUCAUGAAGGAUCAGAGAGGAGCAUUGACGAGUACCGCCGCCACAUCGACGAUAGGGCCCGCCGUUUCCGGAAACAACGGUUGGGUAGUGGUACCUCAUUCAUCGAGGCUUUCUUGAGAUGCUGCGACUCGACGCGUUCGCGAGGGUCUCAACGAAAAGUAUACGUUGCACGAUCUCGACAAUUGGUCGGUGAUGUGCAACGCGGAUGGAAUUACAUUAAGAUUCCAAUCCAAUUUUGUACGAAUCCAAACCAACACCGCGUUGCUUGCUACCGAUAGAGUAUGUGAGGAGUAUGUGAGUCAGAGUGGUCGCUCGUAGCGGAAGAUUGUUUCCGACUCGAUCUUAUCAAACUCCCUAUCUACGACGCGCGGUAACUGUACAAUUGACUUCAAAUUUUUUCAACAUGAAAAAACGUAAUUUCAAGCAUGCACUUAAAAUAUGCCAUUUGUUAGAUUUUUUUUCACAGUCAUCUUUUGUCUUUUGCGCGUUUUCGUUUGCGGUUUAAUUAAUACAGCAUAAUAGAACAUCCCAAGCAUAUGCAAAUACAAUACCAUUAAGAAUAUUACAGAAGAUUCUUUUCGAUUGCAAAGCUUCAAAGGUAUUGUUAACAAUGAAUUGCAAUCUAGUCAUUUUGAUUCAUAUUUCAUCGAAUCAUUCAUUUGCAUUUGAUGUAUAGAAUGUACAUUGUAUGAUAUAUAGUAGGCAGCUUUUGUUAUUUGAAGUAUUUAAACUAUUGUCUAACAGUGAAAUGUACUUUACGCGCUAACUUCUAUGUUUGACAUAAUUUAAAAAAAAAGAUAUAUGAACGAGACACAAACCGAGCAAUAAUUGACAAGCGUGGAUUAUUCUUUAUAUUUGGAUUUUAUCAAGAGGCGGUCGCGUCUCGCACCAAAGUGAACGCGACGCGAGAGAAACUGAAUCUCUUUUACGCGAGUCAGCGAGUUCCAAGCAUGCGAGAUUACCAAAUCUCAGUAACAGCUGAACUGAUCAAGUUUGAGUAGUCUCAAACGGUAGCUUGGAUAAAAUAGCAUAAUAAAAGUGUUUUUAUUUUUUCUCUCCGUGCUCUACGUGCGGAGUUUCUUUAUACACACAGUACAAUUUGAUCCGGACUUACUAUGACACCCAUUAAUAACAGAUUCCUGAGAUCAUUUUGAAAUGAAAAUCUUAAUACUGAAAAUCCAAAAUAUUUGAGACUAUAAUAGUUUUUAAAUGAGAAAUAUUUAAAGUUAAUCAAUCAAACUGAAAUUUACGCGCUCGGAUAUGACUUAGACACAGCACAGUAGUGAAGGUGUAAGAUUUUUAUACAUAAAUCUUGAAAUGGAUAUAAUUUAAUACACAUACUUUCAUUGCAUGUGUCAAAUAUCUGUAUAUUUUCGACACUAUUUGAUUGAAUUAAUUAUGUGUCAAAAAUACAGUCUGCUUACGACUGUAAUUAUUUUUAAUUAAUUACAUUGCAAGAAAUUGAAAUACAUUUUUAAUUUCUCGUUUUGCUAGUGUGUGAUUAUAUAAAUAACUAUUUUUUGUCUCGCCUGUGAGUUUUAACUUAACAUUUCUGCAACGACAGGUCUAACAAAAUCAAAACACUGCCUAAGUCAGUGCAUUAAUCACGUAUACAGGAGCGUACUAAUGUUUCCAUUUGUAUCUAACGAAUUAAACACAAGACAAAUGCGAUAUUUGAAAUACAUUCGCGCAAGAUAUAUAUAUAAAAAAGAUUUUUAGAAUAAUCUCUGGUAAAAAGUUUUAAUAGAAAACGAUUCACAUUUGUGUGAAUUCACGAACCAAAGUUCAUAUUCAAAAUAAUAGAAUUUUUUUAUCAAAUCUAUUUUUUUUUUACCAGGAAUAUAAAAUUAUAAAAAUGAGAUUAAAAAAGGGGACUAAUGAGCUAUUAUAAGAAUUUUUUAAACGGAAUUGAGCGCAUGAAACGCUCGUUAGAAUUAAGAUAAAUGCUAUUAUGUCGAUUGCGGUUACAGCGAGCUGUAUCUUCGUAAAAAAGUGAUACUGGAGAUGAUAGAACUUCGUUUGUAUUAACAAUUGGCAGCGACUGAAGCUCGCAGCUAACGUUCUCGUUUUUGUUCCUAUGUUAAGUAAAAUGUAACUGAGAGAUUGUGAAACCAUCCUCGUGUAUCGCCUCGACGGCGGUCUCGGUAACGAACAAUCAAGUAAUUGCACGCUUUGCAGAAGUUUCUCGACAAAUUCUCUUCCGAGAAUCUGUGAUGUGAAAUUAUUGUUCAACACAUGUUGAAAAUGUAAUAUAGAAUUGUAAAUAUAUAACUCUGAAAGCUGCCGUGAGA